CGUCACCCUUCACCUCACCCCACCCCCUCCUUCUACUCACCCGACACCAUGGAGAACGAGCGCGUGCGUAAGCGCUGCUGCAUGCGAUGCGCGACUGGUGGACAGGGAGGCAGCGAAGCGGGAAUGCGCGGGCGCAAUGGCGCUGCGCUGCACAUGGCACUGCUGCUGGGCUGCAGUGCUUAGGCGCUCGCCCUAGCCUCGCCUUGCCGCCGGAUGAAGGCUUCUCUCACUCGGUAUGCCCUCUCCUCCCUCUCUGCUCACACUUCCUCCUGCAGGGAGACCUUGUCGACCUGUACGUGCCGCGCAAGUGUGCCGCCACGGGGCGCCUCAUCGAGGCCAAGGACCACGCCUCGGUGCAGAUUGCCGUCGCCGACGUCGAUGCCGAGGGCAAGAUGAUCCCGGGCAGCAACACGACGUUCCCCCUCUCCGGCUACGUGCGCCGCGCCGGCGAGAGCGACGACAGCAUGAACCGCCUCGCCACCAAGGAGGGCCGUGAGUGUUUAGUUUUGGCUUUUGGCUUUGCUUGCGCGGAGGAGCGAGGAGGAGGCGGGCAAGGGGCGAAGAGCGGAGAGUAGAGAAGAAUAAGGGUGGGGGACGAAGGAGGGAGGAGAGGGAAACGGAGGCCCCAUCACGUGCAGAGGGGGACAGGAGAAGGCACACGGGGGCCAGCUGCUGGCCGAAUCGCUGGGUGAGAGAGAUGGGGCACGGCGCACCUGCACGCGCCACCUGUUUUUGUCAAGCCCAGCAUGCCGCGCGGCGGGUGCGAAGGGGGAGCGUGUGCAUUGGUCCCUUGGAACGUUCCAGCCCAGGGUAGCUGGCGCGGGGGGGGGGGCGCCUGGCAGGCGAGGGCGGCGCGGUCGAGGCACGCUUGUUGCGCGGUCGGGCAGGGCAGGGUAGGAUGGGUGAUGCCUAG